UUCGAUUUGCUCAUCAGGUGAAACAAAGUUCAUGUUCUGUAUUGUUGAUCCCGAGUUGCCCUGUGAACAAAGUCCAAAUACUCCCGCCAGUCCUUUGUACGGCGAAAGUCUCGAAUCGGAGGAAUUCUGCUUUCAUGGUACAGCCGAGUAA